AUGAUACCAGCACACUUUUUGUGCGUUGACCCACUCUUUUUUCCAUCCAAAAUGCCUUUUCCAAAAUGGAACUUGGUUUUUUCUUUGCAAAUAAAAGAACAUCCGGUUCAUUCAAAAGGAGAAGUCUGCAUUUCGAAUGUCCUGUGCACCUAUUUAUCUAUGAAAAGAGAACAUAAAAUGUUGGAAAAGCAGUAUGAGAAAUACAACUAUUUCCUGAUUGAAUCAACAUACUUUAUUUUAUUCAAUUUAAUGUUGAUUCACACUGAUCUGUGA